GCAUUCUCAUUGUAUUUUUUACAUUUUUGUGGAGAGUGAUCGAUUUGGUCGUCAAUAGUUUUUCGGUUUGAAUUAAAUUUUGCGGAGAUUUCCAUUUGGUAGUUUGGAUUUGCUUUUAACUUUUUAAUUUUUAAUUUUUAAAAACUCCGCCAACCUCGAUGACUACUCAUUCUCAAGAAUUCAACUCAACUCGGAUUAUCAUCUUAAUCUCUUCUAUCAUCGUUUCUCUCAGUGCAGGAACAAAUUAUGCUUUCUCAGCGUAUUCACCACAGUUGGCUGAAAGACUCAAAUUAUCAUCAACUACUUUAAAUGCGAUUGGAAUUUCUGGUAAUAUUGGAAUGUAUUUUGCAUCUCCAAUCGUAGGUGGAAUUAUAGAUAGAAUCGGUCCUCGUAAACCUUUACUUUUUGCUUCUGGUUUAUUAUUUUUGGGUUAUGGAAUCGUUUGGGAAAUCUUUCGUUCAAAUCCGAUUCCUUCUUCUGAUCAAGAUCAAAAACUCAUCAAAUCUAAUCCGAUCACUGUAGCUAUUUUGGCUUUCGGUAUGCUCUUAACUGGAAUCGGUUCUUCAACUGCUUUGAGUUCUGCGGCUGGAGCUGCUGCCAAAUCUUUUCAUUCGCGUAUUCGAGCCACAGUGAUUGGUUUCACAUUGGCUGGUUUCGGACUCUCUGCGUUCUUCUGGACUAGGAUCGGUGCACUAUUCUUCUCUGACGACACUUCAAGCUUCUUAUUAGUACUCAGUCUUGGUACCUCCUCCUUCAUCCUGAUUGGCGUCUGUGGCUUAAGCUCGCUCGAUACUCUCGAACAAGAACGAAGACCGAAGAUUGAAUCUUUGGCUGAUGAUGAACAAGAAUCUUCUGCGAUUGCAACUUCAUCUCAUCAAGACUUAUCACCCUCUCAAGAUCAAGAACAUACUACUCAAGAGACCAUUCAGUCAAUCGAUGAGAAAGUGGAUGUUUAUGGGACUAAGUUGAUGAAAACUUUGGAUUUCUGGUUAUUGUGGAUUGUCAUGGGUUGCUGUUGCGGUACAGCUUUAAUGAUCAUCAACAAUAUCGGUACGAUGAUUGCGACAUUAGAUUUCCAAGAACAUCCACCUACUUCUACCCAUCCUUCAGAUCCGAACAAUUCAUCCAUAGUCUCUCAUAUUCAAUCCAAUCAAGUCUCACUUUUAUCAGUCUUCAAUUGUCUUGGUCGAAUCUUUGCAGGACUGAUCUCAGAUACACUAGAAGCACGUUAUGGUCUAUCAAAAGUAUGGUGGUUAUGUUGGGUUUCAAGUUUAUUUCUUUUAAGUCAAUAUCUAGGACAACAAGUCGUUAAAAACUUAUCAUCAAUUUCACUCUUGACUGGUUUAACUGGUUUUGCAUAUGGAAAUAUGUAUGGAAGUGGACCGAACCUAAUGAUCAUUUGGUUUGGUGUAGAUCAUUUUACCACUAAUUUUGGAUUUUUAAAUCUCGCACCUGUCUUUGCUGGUCAAAUCAUUAAUCUUUCAUUUGGUCAAAUUUAUGAUGCUCAUUAUCGUCAAAACCCUUUACCAAAUCAAUUACUUUGUAUGGAAGGUCAAGCUUGUUAUCGUGAUGCGUUUCGGAUCACGAUUGUGAGUUGUGGAAUCGCACUUUUCUUGGCUGGUGUAUUGGUUCUUAGGAAUAGGAAUGGAAAUGGAAAUAGAUUGCAUAAGAGGAAAUUGAGUGGAUCUGAUGAAGAAACUUCUACUGAACAAACUUGGAUGUUAGGUUCUCCUACCCUGACUGCAUGAAUUGGACCAUAUACAUAAACAAAUAGAGAAGGAGUUGUCAGAUGAUUUCGUUUUAGAAGUUUAUGGUGUUCUUUUGAUUUCUUCAAUAUUUCGAUUUCUUUUCAUCUCUCUUAUGUAUUGUGAAUAAACAUGUUGUUGUUAUUAUCAAAGUUAUAUUUUUUUACAUUUUUUCAAGUUGCGAUGUCUGGAGUGAACAAUCAUUGUAUUUUUUUUGUAAUCAAUUCAAUCAAGAGUGAUUCUUUCUUUUUGGGGCUCGAUGAGCUCUUGUCUUUGAAUUGGUUAUUUACAAUGUAUUUCAUAUAGCAUAAACCUGGAAACAUGAACAAAUCAAAUGCAUGAAUGCUCCGUAUCAC